AUGCUUUUCAAGACUACUUUCCUCUUUCUAACACUCCUCGCUGUUGGUCUUGGCAGCGCUGUCCCUGGCCCCGAGGUUGAAGUCGACCUCGAUGCUCCCAAUAUUCUCAGAGAUGCAUCUGCAAGAAAGAGGGACAGGAAUACCACCCAAAUGGCAGAUUUUGCCAAUGCCCAGAAGAUCAAUAUUAUGACGGCAAUCAUUGUCGCUGUAGGGGCGAUCGAUAUUAUGACGGCCAUCGGUGUCGCUGCAGGGAUGAUUUAUAUUAUGACGGCAAUCGGUGUCGCUGCAGGGGUGAUCAAUAUUACAACGGCCGUCAGUGUCGCUGCAGGGGUGAUCAAUAUUAUGACGGCCAUCAGUGUCGCUGCAGAGGUGAUCAAUUUUGGGACAACCAACGGAGGAACUGCCGUUGCAGUCGAGGAAAGCACUUCGAUGGUAGGAGGUGUCGCUCUAACUAAGGAAUACCAUGAACAAUAUGGAGGAACUAUACUAAAUAUGAACUUUCUGGGCUAUAACAAGAUACUGGUUAUCCUUCUUUGA